GGCAGCGUUAUUAAUGGAAAUAGAAUAUACUUUUUAGGCGGUAUAAAUGCAUUAGAAAUAGGCACUAAUGAGCUAUUCUAUUUGAACGUUUCUUCACCAUUUAACAGCGAAAAUCUUAAGUGGACAGAUCUCACGAGUAAUGCGCCUAUUCCUCUCCGUAGUGCAUUUUCACCUUCUUGUGUUGGUGGAAGUAACAAUUCUACUAUAUUUUUAUUCGAGCAUCGUCAGGCAAAUGAUCUUAAUUCGACUAAUUUAGUGACCUUUGCUUUCGAUUUAAUAAAUCAAAAAUGGACUGUGCCUUCAAUAUCAGGAAAUACACCGCCACCCAGACAGAAUUUGAUGGCUGUUGUUGAUAAAAAUGGAAAAAUAUAUAUUAAUGGUGGAUUUAAUCCAUAUGCAGGAUAUACAAAUAAUGAUACUUACAUAUUUGAUUCUUUGAAAUUAUCUUGGGUUACUGGUCAUAAUGCUCCAAUUAAUCGAUCUGCCUAUACUGCCACACUUUUAUCAAGUGGUAUUAUAGUAUAUAUUGGAGGAGUAAAUGACGGCGGGCUUCCGGAAAUUGAUAUGACCAAUAUUUCACUUUAUAAUACUAACACUGGAUUUUGGUCUAUAAUGAAUGCUAUUAGCGAUACUCCUAUUAUGGGUCGUCGAUCCCAUUCAGCCGUAUUAAAGAAGGAUGGUUCAAUAAUUAUUUAUGGAGGUGGCGCUUUCAAUUUUACUAAAGUACCAACACCACUUUUAGCUUCAUUGGAUACGAGUGUUACACCUUACCGAUGGAAUUCUAUUAAAUCAUCUACUAACGAAUAUACCCCACCACCUCUUACCUAUCAUUCAGCUCAAUUGGUUGACAAAUAUAUGAUUGUGGCAUUUGGUGCCAGCAUAAUAAAUGGUAAUUAUAAUUUAACACAAGCCACUAGUAAUGCUAUUUACAUAUUGGACACUUCAAGUUAUUCAUGGGUUCCGUCAUUUGAUUUAACAAAUAAUAACGAUAAUAAUUCAACAAAUAAUCAUAUUUCAUCUAAACUCAUUGCGUUAAUUGUUGGUAUCACAGUUGGCUCAAUUAUUAUUAUAAGCCUAAUAAUUUAUUAUUUAUAUAGAAAACAUCAUCCUCAUUAUAUUGCUACACCAGGUACGAUUGAUAGUGAACGUCCUACCCAAAAUUUGUAA